AUGGAUCUUAUCAAUGCCUUGGCCCCCUCGUCUUUGUUGAAGUCGGUCUCCAAUGCAGGCUCGGAAAUCUCCCGCCGGGUCUGGACCCCGAGCCCUCCGCCCCAACGGCCAUUCCGAGUGUGCGAUCACAAACGCAACGCCCGCAAAGGACUAAUGGCAAGCACUUUGGAAGACUUACUUAACAAGGCCAGGGAGACCCUCUUGAUCUCCGGCAUUGUUUUCUUGGUGCUGGAAGAAGACGGGACCCUGGUUGAGACAGAGGAAUUUUUCCAAAUCCUGGAAGACAACACAGCCCUGAUGGUGUUACAGAAAGGACAGAAGUGGACUCAUGGCAAGAACAUCAGUCGUUCCUUCGGCCUGAGCGGAGACAAGCCACGGAACAGCAAGGAUAUCGCCCGCAUCACGUUCGACGUCUACAAGCUGAACCCGCGGGAUCUUUUUGGCAGCCUGAACAUCUCGGCCACCUUCUACGGCCUCUACUCGAUGAGUUGCGACUUCAAAUGCCUGGGACCCAAGAAGGUUCUACGGGAGAUCCUGCGGGUGGCAUCCGCCGUCAUGCAAGGCGUCGGGCACGUCCUUUUGGGGGCGUCCAACUACAUCCGCCGGCUCCUGGACGCGGGGGACAACUGGCACCCCCAAGUCAAGAUAACCAACUAUCAAUAUUGAGGCCUCCUUCCCUGCAAACCGCCGGAGAACCUCCCGGCUUCGAACUGAUCUCAAGGGAACCCACUUGAUUCGGGAGUCAGAUUUAAAGGAUAUUUAAACCAAGGAUCGAUCGAUAAUCUCAUCUGCAGCUUUCUGUCCGCUUUUCAGAGGUUAAGAGGGAUCGACCCACGCCGUGAAGCAGCAUACGAGCGCUUCAGAAUCUCCUCAGGGAAAUAAAUCAGCUUUUUGUAGGACUGCAAAACCCAUCAUCCCUGGCAGUACGGUCACCAUAAACCGCCUUUGCAGGGGUGAUCAGGCUUGACAAAGCCGGCCGGCUGACCCGUAUCCAGCAGCACGGGGCUCCAAUCGGCACAUUUAAGGCAUAACCUUUUGCUUGCAGAUGUUGGGCCGUAGAGCCUCCAGCUCGGUGACCGCUCUACCUACAUUUAACUGGGAAAUACAGGUAGUCCCUCAACUUACGACCAUUCGCUUAGUCACGAAUUAAUACUUCUGCAAGUAGUUCAACGAACAAGUUGAAACUCACAACGGUUCGUUUAGUGUCAAGUUGGGGAAAAAAAAAAUCCGACUUAGGACCGGGUCUCGUAUUUAUGACCGUUGCACCAUUCAUUCCCUACAGUCAUAAAAUCAAAAUCCAGGCGGCUUGGCAAAUGGCAUCCUCAACUUAUGACAAGUGAGCCCAAGCUGUAUGUUGGUAAGUGAAUUUGGCCUCAUUUUACGACUUCCCUUGCCACGGUCGUUCAGUGAAUCGCUGCAGUUGUUAAAUGAGUAACGUGGUUGUUCAGUGAAUCGUUUCCUCCUUGAAUUUGCUGGUCAGAAGGUCGCAAAAGAGGAUCACGUGACCCUGCCACACUGCCGCCGUC